AUGUUUCCCACAAAGGCCACUUCAAGAUUCAUUUUUUUCACUUUCACCCUUCUGUUACUUGUCUCUUUCUUCACCACCACCCUCAUCAAUGCCUCUGAUCUUGACACUGAAAAUGAUGAUAAGGUGGAUAAAGAUUUGGAAGAACUUAUAGCAUUAGAUGAACAAGAGGAGGAUGGUUCUCAAGUGGGUGAUGCGGAUGCAAAAUUCUCUGAGGCAGAGUUGUUAUCGAAGGCUCAAAGGAUUGUUCUUGAGUUGAAUUCUGAUAAUGCGAAGAGGGUUGCUGAGGGGAAUGAGUUUGUGUUGCUUCUUGGAUAUGCACCUUGGUGUGCAAGAAGUGCUGAGCUUAUGCCUCAGUUUGCCGAGGCAGCAACUUCACUUAAGGAGUUAAAGAGUCCUCUUUUGAUGGCUAAAAUUGAUGCUGAAAGAUAUUCCAAGGCAGCUUCUUCACUUGGGAUCAAGGGAUUCCCUACUUUGUUACUUUUUGUCAAUGGCACCUCUCAAGCUUACACUGGUGGAUUUUCAGCCGCGGAGAUUGUGAUCUGGGCAAGGAAGAAAACUGGUGUACCUGUUAUUAGAAUAAACACUGUGAAGGCGGCAGAGGAAUUUCUCAAGAAGUACCCCAUGUUUGUCCUCGGCAAAUUUGAUAAAUUUGAGGGACCUGAUUAUGAAGAAUUUCUGAAAGCAGCAACCUCAGAUAAUGAAAUCCAGUUUGUGGAAACAAGCAGCAGCGAGGUUGCAAGGGUUCUCUACCCAGAUAUCAAAGCUACUAAUCAUUUCCUUGGACUUGUUAAGAGUGAGCCAGUAAGAUAUACUGAAUUUGAUGGGGCCUUCGAAAUGGACAAAAUAUUGCAGUUUUUGGAGUAUAACAAAUUUCCUUUAGUUAUCAAGCUGACUGAAAUAAAUAAUAUCAAAGUUUAUGCUAGCCCUAUUAAUCUUCAGGUUUUCGUCUUUGCCAAGGCUGAUGAAUUAAAGGGUCUUCAUGAGCCUCUUCAGAAUGUUGCAAGAAAAUUCAAAGGAAAGGUACUUGGUUUGACUAUCUUUAACCCAUUGAAGCAGAUUUUGCUUUUGUGCAGGUCUAAUAUUUUUCUUUUUGAUAUCCUUCUCUUGGUGCAGAUAAUUUUUAUAUCUGUAGACAGCAAGGAUGAAAAUCUUGCGAAACCCUUCUUAACUAUACUUGGGCUUGAAGAAUCAGAAAACACGGUGGUGACUGCCUUUGAUACCAAAAUCAGCUCAAAGUUUUUGCUAGAGUCAGAUCCAACUGAAAGCAACAUAGAAGAGUUUUGCUCGAGGCUUCUGCAUGGGACUCUGUCUCCUUACUUCAAAUCACAGCCAAUACCAGAUAAUACAGAUGCAAGUGUGAAGAUCAUUGUUGGAAAGACGUUUGAUGACUUGGUUUUGGGCAGUCCUGAGAAUGUUCUUCUAGAGGUACAUACACCAUGGUGCAUCAAUUGUGAGACCACUAGCAAGCAAAUGGAGAAGUUGGCAAAGCACUUCAAGGGUUUAGAUAAUCUAGUCUUCGCAAAGAUAGAUGCUGCUGGAAAUGAGCAUCCAAAACUGCAGAUAGAUGACUAUCCAACACUUCUAUUUUACCCAGCGGAUGAUAAAGCAAAUCCGAUCAAGCUUCCUACUAAGCAAAGCUCGAAGGACUUGGCAUCGUUUAUAAACAAACAAUUGAAAGACCAAGAUCAAGGCCUUAAAGAUGAAUUAUAGAACACAUGAUACAAUAUAGAUUCUUUAACUGAAAAAAAAAAGAGAGGAGG